AGUUCCGUGUUUACACCAGAAGGACGGGAGGUGAGCCGAACGCCGUGUUAGUGAGGCGAGCAAGCCGGAGGAAGGAAAGGGCAACAAAAAUAAUAGAAGGAUCUGAAAGACCGGCGGAGAUGCAUCGGGGAGCUUGAGGCCGGCUGUUGAAAAAGGGGAGAGCGCGGUUGGAGUGCGAACAAGACGGAGGUUUCGGGCCGCUCGCGGAACGGAAUGUUUUCCAGAAAAGCUCAUGGAGACGUCAAGAAAUCUACACAGAAAGUUCUGGACCCAAAGAAGGAUGUGCUGACCCGCCUCAAGCACCUGAGGACUCUGCUAGAUACUUUGGAAAGAUGUGAAUUGAAGCAGUUCUUUGAAACCAACUACUCUCAGAUUUAUUUUAUAUUCUUUGAAAAUCUAUUCACACUGGAAAAUAGUUUAAAACAAAAAGGGAAUAAGUCACAGAGGGAGGAGCUGGACUCCAUUCUCUUUGUAUUCGAGAAAAUACUUCAACUUCUUCCUGAGAAAAUCAACAACAGAUGGCAAUUUCACAGCAUAGGCUCAAUUUUGAAGAAACUUCUGCACACUGGAAACUCUGUUAAGAUAAGAUGUGAAGGAAUUCGACUCUAUCUACUUUGGCUUCAAGCACUGCAAGAGAAUUCUUCUGAUGAGCAACUAACCUUAUUUGCUUGUCUAGUUCCUGGUUUUCCAGCUGUUUCAUCUCAAAUUGGACCAUGUACUUUAGAUACGCUCAUAAAUCCCUCCUAUAAUGUAUCUGAUGUAAAAAUUGCUGCAGAAGAUAUUACUCCUCUGCUACCAUCAGUAUUGGGAGAAAAGAUAUCAGAUGACCAGACUUUGUACUUCCUUCAAAUACUUCUAAAGUACAUGGUAAUUCAGGCUGCAAGUUUAGAAUGGAAGAAUAAAGAAAAACAAGAAAGUGGCUUCAAGUUUCUUUUUGCCUUAUUUAAGAAGUACUACCUUUCCCAUUUAUUUCCAUCCUUCACAAAAUUUACCAACCUUUACAAUCCUGUACUUGAAAUUCCUCAGAUGAGACCAAAGCCACUAUAUAUCAAUGUAACACGAAAUAAUGAAAGCAUUUACAGUACAAGGGACCAGUACUUGGCAGCUCGGGUGGCAUUUAUUAAGUGGCUUGUGACCUUCUUUCUGGAAAAGAAGUACACUGCCACAAAUCAAAACACUAAGAAUGGUGGAGAGAUGCUACCUAAAAUUAUCCAGUCAGUGACUGCAAACCCAUCAACUCAGGAGAAAGCCACUGAAUCGGAAGCAAGUGGGGCCUCUGAGCAGGAUCGAUCUCACUCCAAUAGCAGCACUCUAUCUGAAAGAAGACUCAGCACCUCCAGCCUCUGCAGCAUUGAAGAAGAAUAUCAGCCAGUCUAUGAGAUGGUUCAGAGAGUUCUCUUUUCCUCUCAAGCUAAUGUGAAUUUUAUCAAUGAAGUGUUUCACCAGGGUUUUCUUCUACCAUCUUGCGAAGCAUCAGCAAUAAGAAAAGUGGUAAAGGUUUAUCGCAAAUGGAUCUUGCACGAAAACAAACCUCCAUUUAUGGCUGAACCAGAAAAGUCAGAAACAGAUGAUGAUGUUGUUGACCAUACAGAGCAUCUUUCUGUAUUGCUGACUGAUAGUAAAGAGACCACUCAGCAGUCAAGGCAUCGGCGUACGUCUAGCUGGGGAAGAACAUACUCUUUUACAAAUGCCAUCAAUCGGGGCUGUGUAUUUGAGGAGGAAAAUGCAAAUAUUCAGGCUGGUAUUCAAUCAACGUUGCAGGUAUUUUUGACCAAUUCUGCAAAUGUGUUCUUGUUGGAACCUUGCAAUGAUGUUUCAAAGAUCCUCGAAGAACAGAUUGAUGUCUGCAAGGCAGUAUUAAGUAUCUACAGGCACAUGAUCAUGGAAUUAAACAUGAGCAAGAAAACAUGGGAACAACUUUUGCGUGUAUUACUUAAGAUCACAGAAACAGUUAUGCCAAAGCAACAGGAUUUGCACAACCGGGAUAUUUUUGCAGAACACAUGGCAGGACUGCUUUUCCGGACUCUCAUUGUCGCCUGGAUUCGGGCUAAUUUAAGUGUGUACAUCUCACGGGAACUAUGGGAUGAGCUCCUGUCUGUGCUUUCUUCACUCACUACCUGGAAUGAACUGAUUACUGAAUGGGCAAAAAUUAUGAAUUCUCUCACUGUGGUGCUGGCAAGAUGUGUGUACAGCCUGGAUAUGAAUGAUUUACCGCUGGACAAGCUCAGUGAGCAAAAGGAAAAGAAACAAAGAGGAAGAGGUGUACAUCAAGAUCUUAGUAAAGUAAAUGCAGUAGGUAGGUCCUUUUCUCUGAGUUGGAGGAGUCAAGCUGAUGGCACACAAGAGCAUAUGCGAUUUAGAAGUGCAACUACCUCUGGUGCCCCUGGAGUUGAAAAGGCCAGAAAUAUUGUUCGUCAGAAAGCAACAGAAGAUGAAGAGUUCCAACAAUCUGAAACUACACCAGACGCAGAAGAAUUGAUGUCUAGUUCAACAUUAAAUCAAGAACAAAAGCUCACCCAUAGCAGCAGUACCUCUGACAUUGCUGAACAACUGCAUUCAGACCUGAUGCAAGGACAAAAGAGGGAACAUUCAGCUAGCUUCAGUAAUUCUGAUUCAAAGAGUGCCACUGUUGAAAACAGAAAAUGUGAAGGAAAAGAAACCGAAGCUCCAGUUAUUUUGAUACGUAGGAGCAGUAGCCCUGGUGACCUAGAAAGUAAGGCAGAAACACAUAAGUCAUAUCAAGGAAGAAGCAGCUUGAGAAAUAAAAGUGAGAGUAUCAGCAGUGAAACAUCCAAUGAUUUCAAUGGUUUCAACGAAACAGAGCUCUUGUUAACUCAGUGGAAGAUAUUUGAUGAAGAUUCAGAAGUUGGUGCAGUAACUACUGAUGCUAUUGAUGAAGGUUCUGAUACUGCCUUUCCAACCCUGAUAACAGCCAGUGCACAAUCUCAUCCCUCCACCCUUUCAUCAACUUCCUCCAUGCAACCUGAAACCAAGGACUCCAACCCGCUUCUGGAUGAGAAACUACAUCAGUCUGUCUUACAAAUUCCUGAGGAUCUGGAUAGUAGCGAAUGCCUUACAGAUGAGUGUAGUAUCAUUGCUGGAGGAACCCUUACUGGCUGGCAUGCUGAUGCAGCUGCUGUGUUAUGGAGAAGAAUUUUGGGAAUUCUGGGAGAUGUCAACUGCAUACGCUGUCCUAAAAUCCAUGCCCUUGUUUUUGAAUAUCUAUAUGAACUCUGGCACAAACUAGCUAAGAUUAGAGACAAUCUGGGUGUCAGUCUGGAUAAUCAAAAUUCGCCACAAUCUCCUAUUCUCAUUCCACCUCUUCGUAUGUUUGUGUCCUGGUUAUUUAAGGCAACGACUCUCCCCAAUGAAUACAAGGAGGGAAAACUGCAAGCAUACAAGCUAAUCUGUGACAUUAUGACCAAGCGCCAAGAUGUCUUGCCAAACUCUGAUUUCUUAGUGCACUUUUAUCAUGUGAUACACAGAGGCAUUGUGAGUGAAGAUCAGGAUGUGCUGAACGUACUCACCAAACAUUGUUCACCCCGCUUUUUUUUAAUUGGUUUACCUGGUUUCACUAUGAUGGUUGGAGAUUUCAUCACUGUUGCAACCCAAGUCCUCAAUUCAGACAUGGUGGAUGCGCCACGAUAUGAAGCACAGAUUCUUCUUGGGUCUCUGGUCUGUUUUCCUAAUUUGUACCAACAGAUGUCGCUGUUACAGCCUGUGUCUGGUGCUGCUGACAUCAUCACAGGGAAUGAAGAUAUCAAGGAUUACUUGAUAAAUAUUCUGAUAAAAAAUGCAAGGAAUGAAACCUGUGAGACUGCACGCUGUAUAGCAAUGUGUAGUCUUGGAAUCUGGAUUAGUGAAGAGCUGGUGCAGUGCACAAACCAUGCACAGCUCCAAGAUGCACUGAAUGUGUUAGGUGUGACACUGAAGUUUUCAAACAAACUGGUUGCUGAAGUGGCAUGUGACAUGCUAAAGCUAUUGGUUAUUCACAUGGAACGUCUUGAGAAGUAUGAAUCACAGCUUCCCAAAAAAAUUGCUGAGAUCCUUGUGGCUACUAUUGCAUUUCUGCUGCCGAGUGCAGAACACUCAUCUGUUGAUGCGGAUAAACGGUUAAUAGUAUCUCUGUUGCUCUGCCUCUUGGAUUGGUGCAUGGCAAUGUCAGUGGAGGCACUACUGGAACCUAUUAGUGCAACUUUGAUGGAAGACCAAAUGGCACGCAAAGCACCUUUACUUGACUAUGUCUACAGGGUAUUGCAUUCCUGUGUUUAUGGUUCUCACCUCUUCACCCAACAAAGCCAAUACCUGCUGACUCUUGCUGAUGUCUCGUCAACAGAAUAUGAUCCAUUUUUGACAUUGGGAAAUGUCAAGAAUUCUGAACCUGUUCAUUCAUAUGUCCCUAAGGAUUUUGGCAGCCUUCUUACUGUCACUGAAAGUAAGAAGAAAAGAAAUUUGGAUUGGAUCCCUCUUACAGCACGCAUGGUAAUGGCUCACCUAAUAAAUCAUUUAGGUCAUUAUCCGCUCAGUGGAGGUCCUGCUGUACUUCAUAGUCUCGUCACUGAGAACCAGGACAACCCCUAUGUUGAAUCAUCAGACCUAUCUGCUGAGGUUUUCAAAAGCCCAAAUUUGCAACUUUUUGUACUCAAUGACAGCACCCUAAUUUCCUACCUUCAGAUUCCUACCGAAACAGUUUUCUGUGAAAAAAUCUCGAACAGUGAACCAAAGAUUCCUGCCUCAGGUGUGAGGAUAAUUGUGCGUGACAUCUCUGGAAAAUAUUCUUGGGAUGCUCAGAUUCUAUAUGGCCCCCUCAGCAAUCAGAUGACUGCUGUGAAAAACUGUAAUACAUUUUAUUCAAAUACUGCUUUUGUUGCUGAUGGUCAGUCUGACCCGGUAAUCGCAAACUGCAUUUCUCAUGAAAUGGAGCACGAUGAUCUUGAUCAGUUGCUUGAAAACUUAAGUAACAGUAGUCCAGAAUGCCUACCACAUCCACAGCUGGGACUAAGUGAGCCAGCACCAUUACCAAUUGGAAUGAAUCUUGAUCAAGAAAGAAAUAUCAUAGAUGCCAUAACCAGACAGAACAAUCGUGAAGAGGAAUACAUCCGUAAGUGGAGCAGGGAUCAUUGCAUGAGUGUGACCAAUCAAAAAGAAUCUGUUCAUCAUGAACCUCAGGCACAAUUUUACUACUGCAGACUAUUUCUUAAUGACAUGGGGAUGAAUUCUUGGGAAAGAAGGAAUAGUUUUCAUCUUCUGAAGAAAAACUCAAAACUAUUAAGGGAACUUAAAAAUUUGGAUUCGAGGCAGUGUCGGGAAACUCAUAAGAUUGCUGUGUUUUACAUUAUGGAAGGACAGGAAGACAAGUAUUCAAUUCUAACCAACACUGGAGGAAGUCAAGCAUAUGAAAACUUUGUCUCUGGACUUGGCUGGGAGAUUGACCUUGCUACACAUUGUGGUUUUAUGGGUGGCUUGCAACGUAAUGGCAGUACAGGACAAACUGCACCUUACUAUGCUACCUCCACUGUGGAAGUCAUUUUCCACGUUUCUACACGAAUGCCAUCAGAUUCUGAUGACUCAUUGACUAAAAAGCUCCGUCACCUGGGAAAUGAUGAAGUUCACAUCAUCUGGUCUGAGCACACUAGGGACUACCGCAGGGGCAUCAUUCCUACAGAUUUCGGUGAUGUCUUAAUCAUCAUCUAUCCUAUGAAAAACUGCAUGUUCUACAUUCAGAUUUUUAAAAAGCCAGAAGUCCCAUUUUUUGGUCCUCUUUUUGAUGGAGCCAUUGUGAAUGAAAAACUUCUGCCAAGUCUUGUUCGUGCCACAGGCAUCAAUGCCAGUCGAGCUGUGAAGUCACUUCUACCCCUCUAUCAGAGCUUUUAUGAAGAAAGAGCUCAGUACGUUGAAGCAAUAGUUCAGCAACACAAAGAGAUCCUGACAUUUGAAGAUUUUGCAGCUCAAGUCUUCUCUCCAUCCCCAAGCUACUCGCUUAGUAACAUGGAUUUAAAUAUUUAAAGGUCUGAUUACAGUUAUUAUUAAAGGUUGUCCUAAUGGGAAUCUAAGCACUGAAACACCCAUUGCUGUGGGAACUGACCCUGCAAAUCAGGCUUCCCCACCACUGCCACAUGCCACAAAAAACAAGGUCUCUGGGAAACUUCGUCGGUCUGCCAGUUCUUUAAGCAAAUCUUCAAGCUAAAAAAAACUUUAUACAGACAAGUUGUGAGCUGAGGCUUGCUUUCCAGCCUCUUCAAUUUGCAUCCAAUAUUCUGUUCUUAAAAUGACAUCUACUUUGAAUGGGAUUUGAACCGUCCUUCUUUCUUUGAAAUCAAGUUAAAUUUCAAAAGCAAGGUACAGAGAGAGAAUGGUGUAAACCUGAAUGGCACUAGAAGGUUCCAAUACUGGGGUUGACCCAUUUACAGUAUAAAUGUCAGCAUUGUAGAGGAGGUAGGAGAUGUUGUUGUGGUGUGAGGGCAUCAUGACAAUACUUCCAGAUAUCUUGAAAUGGGUGCAUGAUGUCAUACCCAUGCCAUAACAACAGUAACUAUAGCAUAUGAUAUCACUUGCACCAUGAAGUCAUUGCUAGCUGCUUAGAGAGGCCUUUGAAUUAUGACCAUACUCGGGACUGUCAAGCACAGGUAUUAUGUUCAGUGACAGAUUGAAAAUGGACUCAGCUUACAGCUCUGUGAUUAUGACAUUAAAGAUAUCAUGAUGCUAGCCAGACACUCUUAAACCUUGAGUUACAACCACAGCCUUCUUAAUAUUUUCAGUUAAUAUUAUGCCAUGAUGGGAAAAUGAGGCCCCUUCUUUCUCAGUAAAAGUAAUGAGUGUCAACCAGGAAUCUUGAAAAUUUGAAAAAUUAGAAGUGAAAUUGUCUAAACACACUCAACUAAGAUUACUUGUAUGAACAUUGUUUUCUGUAUAAGGAUAUUUCCUGUGACCUCUAUUUUGGUCUACCUGAUUUGCCAGCCUUCCUAUCAGCAACAGGCUCUCUUCUCAUACUCCUGCUCCUUCAUUCCAUAUAAUGUGACUGUUUUGAUGCUCAAGUGUAAGAUAGUUAAAGUUUAAAAGUUACCUAGAUUUGUAAGUUAAUAAAACGUUACUGCUGUGGUCUUGUAGAUUAAGUAAAGCACCGGAACCAGUGAAGCAAUCACUGAGCCAUUCACCCACAUGUCAAUUGUCUCUCUGCAUUUGACUAUUCGCAUUAUGUUUGAGUGAUUAUGUGCCAGGAAAGCAAAGAGAAAACACUUUUUAAGUUAUCUUUUAUUUCCUGUUCCUUCUAAGACAAAUUUAUGACUACAAUCAAAGAAAGAAUAACGUUCAGAUUUCCACAUAAGGCAUACUUGCCCUUUUUAAUAUUUACGUUGAUCUUAACUUAUUUUGCUCUUACAAGUUACAAGCACAAAUACAACAGGAGGAUAAUAUAAAACAAGCAUUUGAGCUAAUUUGAAGAUGAAAACAUAUGAUGCAUAACUUAUUCAUGCCUAAAUGGUGCAUUACCAUGCAAAAAAUAUUUAUUGGCAGCUCUGACAAGUUUUCAACCUGCAACUGUUAACUGAGUUGUCUCUUGCACAAGCCAUAUCUAAUUAUAAACUGUAUUCAUUAUUAAAAUGGUGAUACAUGAGAGUUAAAAUUCUUGAUGUUCCAAUCUUACACUGUAGAUUAGUAUUUAUCUUGUUUAUGUUACAUGCAUCCCCAGUUAUUUAGUUGUCAGUUCAGAAAGGAAUAUGGCCAUGAUGGAAUAAUACUUCUAAAGGUGCUGCAUUAUGGAAUCCAUCAUUCAGUCUUGGCCUAUUCUAAAAAUUCUAAAUCAACUUCUAAAAAUUCUAAAUCAACAGUCAUAAGGUUGUUUUAUAUUUUUGCCACCCAACUGCACUUUUAGCCACAGCUUCAAAGUACUGAAUGAACCAGUUGCUGUUAGUUAUCAUCAUUUUGAUACAUUUUGCCCUGAGAGAACCUAGAGGCAAAACGACUGCACACAUAGAUAAUUCAUUUGGACUUUUCUACUGAAGAUUAUUUGUCACUUUUUGUGACUUGAAGAUUGUGACAAAUGGAGCAGUAAUUUCAUUACCAUUUUAUCUGUGUUUUUUUUUGUAGCUCAUUUCAUUUUUUUAUCAUCCUCCUGGAAACCUUUCUGUCUUCCUGUAUGCUUCAAUCAGCAUUGACAUAUGGGCUAUCUGGACUAUUUAUUGCUGAAAUUAUGUCUUGUUGAGUACUCUAAACAGAAGAAAUGUAAGAAUUUGAUCUUCCAAGUUCUAUUGAAGUCUACUAAUGGGAUUUUUUUUUACAGGGAGAAGUUUAAUGUUCUGAAGUGAUGUUACUUAUGUGUUUAUCUUUGAAUUAUAUGACAGUACUGUUUCUGUUGCACUUGUUCUUUGUGUACCAGUCACGUGAAUGUGCUCUUUGGUUGUCAGAUGUAUAACGCUUUAUUUUUAUUAUAUAUGUAAAUAUGGAGUAAUAUUUGAUAAGCAAAAUAUAAAAAGUAGCCUUUGUAAGUUAUGAUUCACCUCUUCCAUCUUGCUGCUGGUUUUAGUCAAUUAUUGUGCUUCUUGAAAGAUACAGCCUCAGGUGAUUUGCACUGAGCAUAUGGAACAUAAAUGCAGUCUUGUAGUGUUAACAUAAUUUUUGUUCGAAAUGGCAUUCUUCCUUACCAUGUUACUGCUAAAUAUUGUACCUUCCUAUAAAAAAUCGUUUCUAAAUAAUUGUCAGCUUAACUUUGAUUUAUCUAUCUUUUUAAAGAAUCUUUCUCAAUAAGAACAACUUUUAAAGAAUGUUUUCUUGAGAGGUGUGUGACUUUCUAGUAAUCAAUAUUGUAAAGCAGAAUUAAAGAAGUGCACUCACACAACCUUUAUAUAUUUCCUAAUUCACACUGUCCAACCUGAACUUGAAAAUGCCAUGUGCUUCCUACUUCUGUUGAUGACUGAGAUCCUCAGUAACUAAAGGAUUAAUAAGUGUCUAGAUAAAUACCAUCUAAAUUGAA